AUGGCGGUGGCGGAGGAGGAGUGGGGGGAGUUGUGGAAGGGGUAUGGCGGAGGGGAGGGCGCGGAAGUUAGGGGAGAGACAGAGGAGAUGGACUGGGCGGGGGAUGGAUGGUUGGCGGAUACUCAGAUUGUGGGGGAGGACGAGACGCAGGUGUAUGGUUAUGGCGAGGACACGCAGGUGGACGCCCUCGGUAUAGUCACACGCCUGCUGGGCUCCGACAGCCAGCACAGCAGCGACGUGCUUCUACAGGGGGGUGCACUGAGCGGGCUGCUUCUGGGGGGAGUGGGCGGAGGCAUGGGGGGAGCGGCUGGGGGCGAGGGGGGGAAUAACAGCAAGGGCAGUGGGGCAGGAGGUACGAGCAAGGGAAGGGAGGUAUCUAGCUGGGCAAACUGGCUCAAGCCUGUGGGGAAGGCAGGAGGGACGGUGGCUGAAGGCCAAGCUGUGGCUCCUAGUGUGGAGAAGCCGCUGAAGGCUGUGCUGAGGGACGAUGGGGUGGACCCGUACGCGCUGCCUUACAGUGAGGACGCGGAGGAGGGGGAGAGCGGAAAAGGGGAUGGGGGGAAGGCUGGUGGACGGCGGAAGGUUGGGAAGAGUGGUGGGGGAGAUGGGGUGGAGGAAGAGGAGGAGGUGGAAGAGGAAGAAGAGGAGGAGGCUCGGAAAGGGAAGGGGAAGAGGACGCGUGGAAAGGCAAGAGGUAAGGGGAGAGGAAGAGGAAGUGGGAGAGGAGGGGAGAGAGGAGAAGGGAAGACGAGGGGGAGAGGCAAGGGAUCGAAAGGAGCAGGUAGCACGGAGGGCAUUGGAGAGGGGAACGAGGAGGAAGAAGAGGAGGCGGACGAGGGCAAAGGGGGGAAGAAAGGCAGGGCAGGGACGGGUGGGCGUGGGACAGGUGCUGCAGGGCGCGGGGGGAAGAGGGGGAGAGGGGCAGGGAAGGGUGCAGGUGCAAGCCCAAGCCACGGGCUGGAUAGAGAGUACUUUCUGAAGCUGAGUCAACUGCAGGAGGAGGAAGAAGAGGAGGAGGGGAGCGGGAAGAGAAGACGGCUGUCUAAGUCGUGGAGGGCAGGAGAGGGCGUAGGAGGGGAAGAGAAAGGGAAAGGGGGGCAGCAGAGAGAGGAGAGGGAGGAGAGGGAGGGGAGUGAGGAGAGAGCUGGGAAGGAAGACAAAGCAAUUGAAGUGCGAGAUGGUGAGUCUGCUCCUUGUGAAGCUGAGGAGACGGGGCUACAACAUCCGAGGUUGGGGGAGUCAGCUCCUGUGGAAAGCCAGGAAGGAGGUCCUGUGGGUCUGCUAAACCCGAGCUUGAGCCUGGGCGACGCAGCUGGGAUGGGGAGCGCGGAGCUGAGUGAAGGAGGUCCUUUGAAAAGACAUGUGGAGCUGGGGGUAGCAGCAGGCGUGCAGGUGCAGGGAUCAGAAGACGCGGAUGGGAUGCCGUUUGAUUCCCAGGCGGUCUGGAUGGACUCGCAAGCGGUGGAGAUGGGUGCGGGGGGGUCCCUAGGCGUGCAGGUGAGCCUGGGGGAGGUGCUAACUGCGGACUUGGAGAUGUCCCAGCGGUGGACGGAGGGGGGAGGGGGCGGGGGAGGGAACGAGGAGGGGGGUGGGAGGGUGGAGGAGAAGGAGGGAGGGGAUGGAAGGAAGGUUGAUGGGGAUGAGGGCAAAGGUGGAAAGGAGUGCAAGGAUGGUGGGGAGGGGGACAAGGCUAACGGGAAGGGUGAAAAGGAUGGUGGGGAGGGGGAAAAGGCUAACGGGAAGGGUGAAAAGGAUGGUGGGGAGGGGGAAAAGGCUAACGGGAAGGGUGAAAAGGAUGGUGGGGAGAAGGAAAGGGAUGGCGGGGAGGAGGAAAAGGAUGGUGGGGAGGGGAAAAAAGAUGGUGAAGGGAGGGGCAAGGGUGGUGGUGAGGCGAGGGGCAACGUGAGUGGGAAGUCGGAUGCACUUAUGGCUUCAGUGGAAAGCGGGGAAGGUGAUGGAGUGAAUAAUGACGGGGAAGCGGAGGCAGGAAGGGGCAAUGGUGAGAUGGAGGUGAAGAGAAGGCGAGUGGGAAGUGGUUUGAGCAGUGAAGGAGUAAAAAGAGGGGCAAGAGGGAGGAGAAUUCCAGCGGUAGAGGGAGCAGGGGAGGCAGGGGGAGCAGCAGAGGCAGGGGGAGCAGCAGAGGCAGGAAAGGAAACUGAGGAAGGGGGAACAGCAAGUGCGAGAUCAGCAGAGGCAGCCAGUGCGCAAACAGCUGCAGCGGGUGGAAUUGCUGGUGGUAUUGCUUGUGCGUUCUCCCCCGUGGGCGAGGACACUCAGAUUGCACUUGACGCUCUCGAUCUCAUUCUCGUCCAAGCACCAGGCCAAUCUACACCAGGCGAAUCUACACCUGCCGCGACAGCAACAGUCGCCGCCGCUACCGCCACCACGACCAGGGGAGCCAGGCGAGCAGCGGGCAGCAGUCGAAUGACCCAAGGCCUGGUGGCCUGCCAGGUGAAGCGAGAGGGUAAGAGGGGGAACGGCGGGCUGAACAACGGGGCUGUAGCAGAGGGGAAUGGCGGGGAGAGGGGAGAGAGAGGGCGGAAGAAGGGAGAUCGGGAAAGGGAAGAGGAGGAGAAUGGGGAAGAGGAGGGGGCAGUGGGGAACCGGGGGAAGAAAGAAAAGGGGAAGAAGGGGAAGCAAGAGGGGAAGGAGGGGAGGAAAGACGAGAGGAAGGAUGGGAAGAAACAGGAGGGGGAGGAGGAGAUCAAGCAAGAAGGGCAGGAGGGGAAGAAGCAAGAGCAGGAAGGGAAGAAACAAGUGAGGAAUGUGGGGAAGAAGCAAGAGGGAAAGGAGGUGAAGAAUCAAGAGGGGAAGGUGGCAGUUGCUGGUGGUGGUGGUGGCGUGAGUGGCCGGAAGAGGAGAAAAACUUCGCUCGGGCUGCAUGAUGGGUUCUACGAGCUUCUUGAGUCGAGUGAGAGUGAGAAAGGGAGUGAGAAUGGGAGUGAGAAUGGGAGUGAGAAGGGGGAUGAAAUGGCGAGUGAUGUGGGGAGUGAUGAGAGUGAGGAGGAAGAUGAUGGGCAGGCGAGGACGAGACAGAAAGGUUCGAAUGUGGGAGGGAAGCAGGCAAGGUCGAAAGGCGAGCAGGGGAAACAGAAGCAGGUGGAAGAGAAGGAGGUGGAAGAGAGGGGGACAGGAAGGGUGGAGGGAGGUGGAGCGAAGCAGCAGAGGGGAAAGGCAAGGUCGCAGAGCAAGGCAAGGGCAAAUGCGCCGAGACAGGAGGAGGUGAGACAGGCUAAGGCAGGGACUGGGAGUGAGAGUGAACGGAAUGAGGAGGAGGAGGGACAGGCGGAUCUCAAAGAGACUAAGAGGAGGGGGAAAGCAGUGGAGCAGGGGAAGGGAGUGGUGAAAAGGGAAGGAACUGGGGGGGAUGAUGGGUCCAGACUAGACAUUCUGCAGGCCUUCUCCCUGACAGACUGGAGGCCUUGCCCCUCGCAUGUCCCCUGCUCUGCGCUUGAUCUCUGCUUAGCCAUCCACAAGAGCCCGUGGUGUGCGUCGAUGGCUUUCGCCAAGUCUGAGGUUGUGGAUCUGUUGACGGAAUACAACUUCGGGGAGCGCGUUCUGCAGGCUCCGGAAUUAAUCGUGGUGGGCUUUCUGAAAAACGAUUGCACGGAAUCCCAAAUUCUCGGUGAGAGCAUUGGCAAUCUCGCGAGGCGCCCCCAAUUUCAGGGCGAAGCCGUCGUUUUCUACGUGGUGGACGCCGAUGCGUAUCCCAACUUGUGCCAGGGACUCCGUGCGCCCCCUGCGCCUUCGGUUGUGUUUUUCAAGAACGGGACUGAUGUCCAUAAGUUCUCUGGUGUACCGCCACCGCCCGAGCCUCUCAUCGUGGCUUGGGUUCAGGAGCGCCUGUGA